AUGGCUACGAACGGCGGCGGCGAUCUGGGUGGCAGUGGCGGGGCUUCAGAAACCAUGGCCAAAAUUCGAGCAGCUCUCGAUGUUGUUCAUAGCGCAUUCUCGAACAAUAACGCGAGACGCGAUGCGCAAAACUUUCUCGAAGAAAUCAAAAGCCAUGACGAAGCACCGAUGCAAGGCUAUAACCUCGCGAGCGACAAGGCACAGCCGCCUGUUGUGCGACACUACGCCCUGUCGCUCUUGGAGCACGCGAUCCGUUACAAGUGGUCUGGCUACACCGAGGAACAGGCCUUGACUCUGAGAAGCUGGGUUCUGGAACUUGCCCAGGCAGUUUCCCGCGACGAUCCUACGUACCUCCGAAACAAAACUGCACAGCUCUGGGUCGAGGUGGCGAAGCGCUGCUGGGGAGGUGAGUGGCUGGAUAUGGAUGCGAUGCUUGUCCAGCUCUGGGAAGUUCCCGACUCAGCGGUGCACAAGGAGCUCGUCAUGUUCGUUCUCGAGACUUUGUCUGAUGAAGUGUUCGCUGGAGACGACUCAGUAGUGGCAAUGCGCGAGGGUGUCCUUAGCAAGGCAUGCGUCGAAGUGUUUACGCCAACCGCUGUGCUUGUCGAAGCAUUUCCGAACAGGCAUCCUGGCCCUGAUGUGCGAUGCGGUGAUGAUGGCUGGCUUAGCAGGCUUUCUGUGCUCCUUGGAAACUGCCUGACUGCCUCGCCAGCGGACAAUGACGAGGUCAAAUCAUGCACAACCAAAGGACUGUCUCUGAUGCUCUCACUGAUGCCAUGGGCGAUUCCGAAAGCCAUCACCGCCGCUGGUUGUGUCAAUUUCAUGUGCCAGGGACUUUCGUCCACCGUGCCUGAGAUCCAGAAGGCUUCGCUCGACGCUCUCCACGCUCUCUACUGCCGAACCAACUUUACUGAUGAAGAGUUCCUUGGUCUUGUUUCUCCGAUGUAUAGCCAAGCCUCUGUUGAGCUAUGCAAAAACUUAUAUCAUUGGGCGGCCGUCGAUCCCAGCGAUGUCGAUGAGGAUAAAUACCAGAUCCUCAAAAAACUCUCGGAAAUGCUGUCUAGCUUGGGCGAUUAUUUUGACCGCAAAUUCAACCGCAUGCCGAAUGAUGCUGCCAAAGAGAACUUCCUCCAACUUCUACUUCAAGUGGUUCAGAAUCAAAGUCUUAUGGUUUCUAUCCCGGUUCUCGUGUCGUGGACACGUCUUCUGAAUCGGAAAGACAUCGGCAAUAGCGACAUCAUGUCGCCUCUGAUUGGCCCUUUGCUAGAGGUAUGCAGUUCCAGAAUGGUUCGGUACGAAAAUCUUCCUGAAGACAAUGAGGACCCGACUUUCCUCUUUCUACAAGAAGAUACCGACACAUUGCCCGAAAGACAUGCAUUUUUGGGCAACUAUCGCAGAUAUAGCUCUCAGGUGAUUGAAGCUAUUGUCCAGCUUAAGCUCGUUGACGCUGCAUCUCACAUUCUCGGCCGAACUGAACACAUUCUUCAGCACCUGUACGAUGGACAACCGGCCUUCAACAAACAAUCAUACACCAAGCACUCUAUGCCCGCCCUCAUGGUUGACUCUCACUUCACAGUUAUCGAAGCUACACUGAAAGGCUACAUGAAGUGGCGAAGACAUAAUCAACAAAGCUCCACCUCGUCCGAAAUGAGCGAGUUGGAGUGUAAUUUGGAAUCAUGGUGUAACAAACUGCUAGGCAUGAGCUUUGAGGAUCCAACCAUUAGGAAGCGCACCCUACAGUUGCUCGUUUUCUUUUCCACGACGGCACUCAACAAGAAUGCUGGCUUUAUGCUCAAAGUUCUUGAGCAUAUUUUGAUGACCUGGCCGACCGUUGAACCAGAUUAUCGUGCAUUUAAUGACGCUAUCAAAGACUUACAAAGUGAGAGCAUGGUAGAGCUACAAAGACUUGCUUCCGAAAUGCCGGAUCAUCUUUUGGGCGUCUUUGAUCAAAUUGAGACUCGAGUCAAUGAGAUGCUUUCGUCUGGUACGCUUGAUGAAAAACGAUCUCUUGCUUACCGGAGCUUCCUUUUCCUCAUUAUUCAUCGAGCACACAACGUUGAACUUCAAAUGAAGAUCCAGAAGCUAGGCGAAUUUAUUGAGCCUGUGAAGGGACAGUGGCAGACCGAGAACAUCAAGUCUGCCGUUGCAUCGUAUGCUGGCUUUUGUGAGCAGCUUGCUCUUGACAAGGCACAAGAUUAUCUGGCGCGCAAACAGGCCGAUAAAAUCCAAGACUGGGGCUCCCAUGAACUUGACGCUGAGGGGCUGACACUCCAAAGCGAGAUGGAAGAGCGUAUCAAGGUCUUGCCGCUGCGAGCAACUAAGUCAUUUCUUGCUUUCUCCGUGGAGCGUCUAGACAAGUCUUCCGCUGCUUUCCAAGCCUCAUACGCGCUGUGGCAAGACGGAUUUUCCAGUCUUUUGGCCGAUCUCCUCCAGCUACUAAGCUUUGCACAUGCCACACAUAACCCCGACAACUGGACCGGUCUGCCCAGCGACUCUCGCUCCAUGGUUGCUCGCGUUCUUAGCGACAGAUUCUGGCAGGCUGGAAUCUCAGAUGGCAGCAAAGACGAUUUUUACGCGAGAGUCAUAGACAAAAAGAACACUAUGGAGGGCUUGGCGUCAACAGUGCGCGGAUCCGUUAGAUUCGUCAGAGAGACGGCCUAUGCAAUCAUAUACUGUAUGAGCCGGCUGGAGCUUCAGUUUUACGGCUUUCAGGGGCUGCCGGGCCCUUUGGCGAAUGCGCUCUUCGCUGACUCAACAUGGCUGUCAACUCACCAACAAAGCAACUUACUCAACCUCGUUAGAUAUUUGGUUGACGACUGUCCCGUGGAUUAUCGAGGGCGUUUCUUGCCGCCUUUGCUAUCCGCGUGCUUUAGACAGAUGGAUGCUAAAGUUAAUGGCGAAUGGGAGAAGAUGGACGCACAACAGAGUGUUGCGGCUGACGGCGAAGAUGGGCUCAAGGAAGAAAUGAAGUCAGAAAGCAUUUUACGCCAAGUAACUUAUACUGGUGUUGUGAUGAUGGCUGACUUUUUGGAUCCCACAAAACAAAAUCCUCCAACACUGCAAGCUCGAGCUCAGAAGGCGAGUGGCGCGGAAGUGGCGCCCCCAACAGAGCAUUACCCGUCUCUGCGACGAUUUUGCUUGCUACACCAAGAAAUAGUGGAACCACUUUUAGUAUUCUGUGCCCAUGGAAUACUACCCGAGUUUCAACCAAGCUCUGACACUAGAAAUACCCAACCCGAUGGCACUUUGGGCUCUACAGAUCCUUCUCCCAUCCCCACAGAGAUUGCAUCUGCGAUUCGAGAGUAUUUGUCAGGCGACGUGCUCAGGGCCUGCUUGACAUCGUUCCACGAGCCGUACUUCGUCGAGGUACAGAAGGAGCUCGCGUCGUUGAUCGCCACGGUAUACGUGCACUACAGUCCAGUGACGAUGACGCCGCACAACUUGCUGACCUCCCUGCCAAACGUCGAGGCGGGCGAGUUGGAGCUGCUCAAGCCCUACAUGGCCAAACCUGGGUCGCACAGCCGGCAGCAGCGCGCCAUUGUUCUGGAGCUGCUUCGGGACCUCAAGGGUGUCAGCGUGUCGGAAAUGGGCAAGCUGGCAAAGAGCGCGGGCUUAAGCACUGCUGGCGGACGAGUCAAGAGGGCUGGCGGCCGGAGCAAGAUGGCGCAGAGCUUCAUGACAGAGCCGACGGCGCAGAGCAACGGGACUACGCGGAUGGAACAGGUGGCUGGAGGCAGGCGGACGACGCCAGACGCUCUGGACGGUGUGUCGAACCUAUUUGAUGCCUAG